AUGACUGUUAAGACCCUUAGUCUACUAAAAAAAGCAUUAGGAGAAGCCUCAGUACACGAAAUAAAUAUCGAGACAGCUGAGACGAAGACUACUUCACUAUACGAGAAUCCCAGGGGUUAUGAGCCAGGAAGAAGAGGCCCUCGAGAGACCUUCCCAGUUAGUCAAUUAAGGCUUCCCGCUAGGGAGGACCGAAUCACAGAAAGAGAACGAGUGAGGAGCUCUCAUUUCAUUCCCAGCAGCUUGGCUGAUAAUGAGGAAACUAAUUAUACCUUUACCGAUUGGACUGGUCCAACAUCUGCACAGGACGCCCUACCUGUUGGCGCAAGGGAAUUUAUUUAG